AUGCGGCUGUCUUUCCUAAAUAGUUUCUUAUCCUUGAUUCUCUGGCCGAUUGUAGACGCUUGUGCACUGGCCGCAUCUGCCAUCGAGCAGAGUGUUCUAGACCCAAACUCACCCGACUCGUCCAUGGAGGUCGAUCGGAUGAGCUCUGAGGAUCUUCCUCUAGAUGAAGCAACUCGUGAGGAAGGUAUCGCCUUCCACCCGGCCUUCUUUCACCGCGCCUCUGCUGAGAUUCCCGCGAACAAGAAUGACCAGAUUCGUCUUUUAGAGAGCGUCAGGCCAUGGCUACAGGAGGCCAUCUCGUCAACUCGUCUGCUAGAAUCAAACUACAAGGUAGACGGUCCACUGACGUGGAAAGCUUUCCACCAGCUGGCGGGCCGCGGAGCAAGCGAGUCGUGCAAGCCGCAGCCGAUCCCUCCCUUCCUCGUUGGAAGUUCUGAUGAGGACAGCCUGCUCAUCUCGCCCUUUGGCGUCCGAGACUGGGAUUGCUUGGCGUUGGCUCCGCUCUCGCGUCCCAAACGCGUCGCCUUUGCCGUGGUCCUUCCCGCUCUCUUCACUGGACCUUUUGGAAACGCCAGUAGUGGUAGUAGCGGUGGUGGUGGUGGUUGUGACGAUACUACUCCAACCAAUGAAAGCCCUGGUAACGCCUAUACGUCCCCAAGGCCAUCUCCUCUGCCAACGACAACUCCCAUGUCUACCCUGGCUACCUUCUUCCGCGAACUCUCAUAUGCCUACGAGAAUUGUCGACUUGGUCAGCACUAUCCCUACUUCAAUCCAGUCGCUGGCUCUCCGGAGACCUCCUUCAUUCCCGUUUGUUCACCGCAGGGUCAGUUUGGAACCUGCAUCCACUGUUUUCUAAUCAUGCGCAUACUUCAUGGUUGCUUCAUUUGCAGCAAAAACUUGCCGGACUAUCUCCAAAAGAGACAUUUUGAUUAUUCGUCACUUUCGCCGUCUCUUAGCCCCCUGAAAAAGUCCUUGCUCACGUGCCCAACAAUUAUACAAAAUGCAUAA